AUGGCAGCUUCUUCGUCGACACUGAAUUCUGCGUCGGUUGCUUCAUGUGCUCCAACGUUCAAACCAACCAAUAGUAAGGACAUAGGAUGGAAAUACAAUCAUUUGAAGGAUUUGAAUAACAAGAAGAAGGUGACAUGUGAUUUAACUAGCAGUGGGGAAAUAAGUAGAGCCAAAAGGCAUCAAUUAACAAUUAUCGGUGAUGUAGUUUCUUGCACGAAAACACCCGAGGAUGUUAAGGCUAUAUUACGUGCGGACAUGAUUGAGAAUGAGAGAAUUAAGAAAGGAAUACAAGAGGUUUCGGUGCAAUUAGAUGCGGAUGAUACCAUUGAUAUUGAAGAAAUACGUAGAAUUCAAACCGGAAAGAGGAUGGUUGCGAGUGAGACCUCUUCAAGGCUGUCAAGAGGACUAAGGGGCCGUUGGAUUUGGUGUAUAAGAAGAGUAAGGACACAAGCAUCAAUGAUGCGUGUUUCUUUCCAUUUCUUGGGUGAAUAA